GAUUUGGGACAAUCUGUGACAGAAGGUUUCGCCAAGAUAGCUCUUGCUCUCCAAAAAACUGAAAGAAAAGUGCAAUUUUUCGCAUUUUCCCCAAAAGCAAUUGCAGUGAUUGCAAGUGAAAAUACUCUGUGGACGAGAUGAGAUUAUUUGUUGAGUGAUUUAGUGAAUUAUCGUGCAGCUGUUAGUGAAGAAUCGAGGUUUUGGUGCCCCCAGGGGGCGAUUUUUUGCUGUUCUUUUUCUCAGUGUCCUGGAAAAGCCGAUGAGAGGGAGACAAUGGAACAAUUUUCGCAUGAUCUGACCCUGGCACUGGAGGAGACAUCGCGAAUUGGGAACUUUCACACUGGACGAUGGGGCAUGAGGAGGAGAACACGAUCCACGGGGAAUUUGCCGAGUGCUCCACAGCCGACGGAAGAUAGUUCCAGUAGUCCGGCUGAUGCUCCUAGUAAGAGGCCAGAAUUUGGCACAUCCACAGGAGACACUGUGACAAAUACCUUUCUCAGUGAUUCUGAUGAUCACAGUGAGCUGAAGUUGCUGAUAAAGUCCCGGGAUGUUGGAAACUUCGAGUCGGAUUCUCUGAAUGAGAAUUUCAGUCCUGCCAGGCCCAAUACUCGGCGCAAGAGGAAGUUUAAGCGGAUGGCUGUGGAGUAUGAGACCACACCAACAACUCCUGGGACCUCCACGGUGAGUCCCUUGUUUCCGGGAGCCAUUAAGAAGAGGGUGCUGAGGCAUGUCUGCCAGGAAAACUUUCGCGCAAAUCUCUAUUUUUGUGGCAAGAGGAAGCGCUCACAUCGGGACAGAUGUGCAGAAUAUGAGCACAAGCAGCACUCCAGCAGUGUUCCCCGGCAGAGGGAUGUCUUCAUUCCGCGAUAUUCCUACCUGGAAUUCAAGAGUCGCAACAGACAAUUUGGCGGGAGGCCAUUUGAGAAGAUCCAGCCCCUCAAUAAGACGAUUGUGUCCAAAAUUGAGAAAAUCUCCCAAGAAUCCUCAACGGCCACGGCCACUGUGACCCUGGCGUCCAUGGUGGAUGCCGGAACAUCCACUCACAGCAGACUGGGAAGUCUCCUGGCUGAACCUGCUGUCACAGAGGAUGAAGACACAAUGAAGGGGACUGAGAUGGCAUCCACUAGCACCUUCGUUCCUCCGCAGCAUCUCAUGCCCAUUGAGCCGGCCACCACGCAGCCCCGCCGCGGCCGCAAGAAGGAAUACAUGAAGAUGCAGCUGCAGUUCGAUGAUCCCAAUUUCAUGGACUGCAGCCUCAGUGAAUUCCUCAGUUCCAGCUCCCUCAGCAGCAGCGAUUCCGAGGCUGCUGCCACGAAUGAGAGUGACCACGAGGGAGAUGACGAACUGACGGAUUGGCCAGGGAAUGAGGUUAUGAUCAAUUUUGCCUCGAAAAAUGAUUUUAAGCGCGCUCGAGCGCCAAAACUCACAAAAACUCGGUCGAAUCACGAGACAGGGACGCGAGAUGGUGCUGGGGAUGCGGUGAUGAUGAGUGUAGAUGGAGGACAGCCCGUGCCACUGCUCACGGGUCAUAUGCUGCUGGGCGGAAGGGCUCCAGUGUCCACGCAGCCUAUCAAUAUUGCCGGCGGAUCGUCGUACAGCAGCGGAGCCGGAGGAUGUCCGGAGAUUGAGAGUGAAAUGUCCGGUGAGACGUCCAAUCACUUCCUCUCGUCGCCCAGUACACUGAGUGAAGUGAGGGAGAUCAGGGCGGGAUGCAGGAGGAUUCGAGAGGAACGACCAGGAUUCUCCAUCAUCACCAGCGUCAAUGAGGAUCUGUCAAGAUUCCUGCAGGAUGGUCAGCAAAUGGAGCUGAGAUUGCCAGAUUCCAACGUGAAGGAGCAUGAGAAGUUGUCGCAUCUGGCCAAACUCUACUCCUUGAACAUGCAACUGAAUGACGGAUGUGCGAUUCUCACAAAGACGAGCAACACCACACAAACCGUCCGUAUCGAUCGGGGCUCCAUGUCGAAGCGCCUUCUGCUCAAUGAUUACAAGAGGAGGUGCUAUGGAGACACUGAAGAUGUGGAUUUCGAUGAGAUGCCCAGCUAAGCUCAGGUCUGAGCAACAGAAACGCAGCACUUGCAUUUCACAGAAAGACUGAAGGUGAGAUUUGCGAGAGGGAGGGAGGCAGAGUGUCUCCGGAAGCCCUGAGCACCCCGAUCAUGCACGGUAGAGGAACGUUGCGCAAUGUACAUUUUACCCCCAACUUUCUUUUAUUCAUUUUUUUUUAAUCUUUGUCAUUAGCUUUUAAGAUAUUGUACAAAAUAAAGUAUAUCGUUCAUAACUUAUAAAAA